CAAACAGCAUGAGGCUCUCAACACUCGCGCUCGGCGCGCUCGCCACGCUGCCUCUAGCCCUCGCCGGGGAGAAGGUAGUCGACACCAAGCACCGCCCGACAUGGUGCUUCAGCGCGUGCGACGACACCCUCUCCCCCAUUCACUUCACGGACAAGAACGACUCGCUAGGCUACUACCAGUCCAAGCUCGCAUCUCCGCUGUACAUCGCGUCCGUCGUCGGCUGCAUGGAGACGUACUGCAAGGACCAUGCGCUCGUGGGCUGGGACUACGUGCUCAACUAUGCCAAGGAGCAGGGCGUCGAGGCGCCAGCCUACACCUCGCUGCUCAAGCUCCUCCCGCCCCUGUCGAGCAUGGAGGUCAUCGACACCGAAGUCGUCAUGCACAACACGUCGAACAUGUACGCGGCUCCCGUGCUGCCCAACCAGGUCAACUUUGACCAUGGGAGGGACACCGAGUGGACAUGGGAUGACGAAAUGAUCAUGCACCAUGCUUUCGGCUGGGCCCUGUGGCUCCUCCUAGGCCUGAUGGUCAUUGUCGGAGUCGCGAACCGUCUCCUCACAGCGUACGUGGCACACAAGCACCGCAACAGCGUCGACGCGGAGUCCGCCGGCGCGUCAAGCUCCAAGGCCACAGGCCUGACCCGCGCGUACACUUGGUACCGCGGCAACGUGUCCACGCCCGCGCUGCUCGGGUACCGCCACCUCCAGCCGUGGGGGUGGGUGUCCAUCCCUACCCGCCUCCAGGCGAUCGCGAUUGCAUUCUACGUCAUCCUCAACCUCAUCUUCACGCUCGUCGGGUACCAUGUCUUCCCGGAGAACAUGUACUACUCCGAGUACCCGACCAGCUUCCAGCUGUGGCGCUACGUCGCCGACCGCACGGGCAUCAUGGCGUUCUACAACCUGCCUCUGCUGUGGAUGCUGGCCGGCCGCAACGACUUCCUGAUCUGGCUCACGGGCUGGACUUACCAAUCCUGCAACAUCUUCCACCGGUGGGCCGCCCGCGUCGCCGUCGUCCAGUCCAUCAUCCACUCGGCAGCGUACACCUGGCUCGAGCGCGACGACCCGUACUCGGAGCUCUGGGCGCAGGAGUACUGGCGCACCGGCGUCAUCGCGACGGUCGCCAUGUGCGUCCUCCUCCCGCUGUCGCUCAAGCCGAUCCGGGACAAGGUGUACGAGGUCUUCCUCAUCCUGCACAUCUGCCUCGCAGUUGUCGUGCUCGUCAUGCUGUGGUACCACGUCAAGAUCUUUGACGGGUCGUACAACCCCUGGCUGUACGCGUGUAUCGGCGUGUGGGCGUUCGACCGCCUCCUCCGUGUCGGCCGCAUCGCCGUGCUCUCCUUCCGCACCCUCGGCCAGCAGAACACUGUUGCAACGAUGACGGGUGGGCCCGAGGGCCUCGUCCGCAUGAGCGUCAACUCGUCGGUGCGGCUGCACCCCAAGCCUGGCAGCUACUACUUCCUCUACUCGCCGCGCUCGAUCAAGCCGUGGGAGAACCACCCGUUCACCCUCGGCUCGUGGGAGCAGACCGAGGCCGGCACGACGCUGCACUUCCUCUUCGCGCCCCAGGCCGGCUGGACGCGCAGCAUCCAGAAACGUAUCGCCAAGGUCAGCGACGGCGUGGCCCCCUCCACCUCCAUGCGCGUGCUUCUUGAAGGACCCUACGGGCACGACCACCCGGUCACGUCUUACGAGAACAUUCUCCUCAUCGCCGGCGGCUCGGGCAUCACCGCGAUCCUGCCGUACGUGUUUGCGCUGCAGAACGAGUCUGGCCCACGCCAUGCCCGCCACGUCACGGUUGUGUGGGUGGUCCGCAACGCGCACUACGCUGCCGACGUGCUCGCGCGCGAGCUCGCACCAAAGCACACGCAUGGCAUCGAUAUCCAGGUCCAUGUUUCUCGCGAAGAGGGCGCCACGGCGUCCGACGUGAUUGACGAGCUGCCGACCGAUGUCGCCGCCGAGGUGGAGAGCGACGACGGCAGCAGCUCCAGCCCGCAGGAGAGCCCGGUGCACGAGAAGCCCGAGGGCGGCAAGGAGCGCGACAGCGACAGCGACGGCGAGGGACACUUGCGUAUCCGCUCCGGACGGCCAGUGAUGGACACGCUUGUCGGCCGCUCCGUCUCGCAGCUUAUCGGUGCUGAGCGCCUCGCCGUGCUCGGCUGUGGACCGGCCGGUAUGAUGGACGACCUGCGCCGCGCAGUGUCGACGCGGUACGGCUCCGGCGAGGGCCAGGUCAGCGGGUCGACAAUCGAGUACUUUGAGGAGGCGUUCAUGUGGUAA